AUGUAAAACAAGAAAUUAAAAUGGAAAUCAGAUUUUGAAAAGUCUGUUAUAAUUGAAAACUUUGUGAAUAGAGGAUGGAUCAAAUCCCAAGAGAAGGAAGAGGAGUCUACUGAUUGGAAUGUCUACUGGGCAACUGUGUGGAAUGUUCGUAACAUCUUUAAUCCUAAGAAUGGAUUCAGACUCAAUGAUCAAUAAAUCAUCAAUCACUUUCCAAAUCAUUACGAAUUAACACGCAAAGAUUGUAUGGUCAAGAACCUCAAAAGAUUCAAAAGGGAAUAAGACAAGGAAGUGUUGGAAACAUUCAAUUUUGAUUUCUUGCCAACUACCUAUAUUUUCCCUGGAGAAUAUUCCCUAUUUGUAGAAGAAUUCCAUCGAAAUCCCAAUCAGACUUGGAUCGUUAAACCAGCAGCUAGAAGUCAAGGAAAAGGAAUAUUUUUGCUAAGGAAAAUUUAACAAUUGAAAAAAAUAUCAGGAACAGCAGUAACCAGUAAUAUGACUUAAUUAAACCUGGCAUCAAAGGAGAAUUAUGUAGUCUCUAGAUACAUUGAUAAUCCAUUGUUGAUUGGAGGAAAGAAAUUCGAUUUGAGAAUGUAUGUGCUAGUUACAAAUUACAAACCAUUAAAAGUUUGGAUCUAUAAUAAAGGAUUUGGUAGAUUCUGCAAUGAACAAUACACUACGGAUGUCGCUGAAAUUGAAAAUAUGUUUGUACAUCUUACAAAUAAACAUGGAGGGAAAUACUCCAUAGAUGCACUCAAAUUGUAUGUGGAAUCUGCCUAUGGGACUGAUGCAUUAUAGAGAAUGAUGGAUGAUAUUCAUAACAUCAUGUUAACCUCAUUGAAAUCUGUUUAAGCGGUGAUAUAAAAUGAUAAACAUUGCUUUGAGAUGUAUGGUUAUGAUAUUCUACUUGAUUCUAAUCUCAAGCCUUGGCUGAUUGAAAUCAAUGCCAGUCCUUCCUUGACUACUACGACUCCGGUUGAUAAAAAUCUUAAAAUGAAUCUGAUCAAUGAUGUGUAUAAUAUAGUGCUGCCAAAUGAUGAUUUCCCUGACAAUGAUUAGAAAUGUAAUUAUCUUUGUUAUGUAUUCCAGAACAACAACCCACCAAGGUAGGAGGAUUCACUCUUUUAUAUGAUGAAAGUCUAGAUCCCAAUAACAGGAAAACAUAAAAAAGGUAGAGUGUUAAAAUAUGGAAAUGAAUUGCCAAUUAAUAUUUAAUACUUUUUCCUGUUAAAAUUUGUAUAUUGUAUAAAUGUAUUAUAAAUUAAAAAUACCAAGCAGGAGAAUAGCAGCAAUGUAGAGCAUAAGAAUAAACAAUCCUACUGA